CGACCUCCGGGUCCCGCAUGCCGGCGCCCCGGUGCCACCUCCGAGGGGAAGGAGGGAGUCACGGGGCGGGAGUGGAUCCACCAGGAGGAGAACCUGAGGGACCGUGAGUGCGAUCGCCCACCUUCUCCCCGGCGACCACCACCACCGGAUGCCCGGACCCGGCAGGUGGACUCCACCUUCAGUCCGCGGUGCGGCUGCGUGCCGUCGGUCUUCUGGCAGGUCGCCGCCGCCGCCGCCAUGGGCUGCGUCCACAGCCUCACCUGCAACAAGUCGCGCAUCCGGCGGGAGAACAUCGCGGUGUGCGAGCUGGCCGCCACCAUCGACCAUUGCCCCACGGCCAUCGAGGAGGAUUCGCCCAUCGUGCUCCGCUACAAGACGCCUUACUUCAAAGCCUCGGCGCGGGUCGUCAUGCCGCCCAUUCCGCGCCACGAGACGUGGGUGGUGGGCUGGAUCCAGGUGUGCACUCAGAUGGAGUUCUACAACACCUAUGGAGACAUCGGCAUGUCGAGCUGGGAGCUGCCGCAGCUGCGAGAAGGCCUGGCGAGGGCCAUCAGCGACUCCGACGGCGUCAGCUACCCCUGGUACGGCAACACCACCGAGACCGUCACCAUCGUGGGCCCCACCUCCAAGCCGUCCCGCUUCACGGUCAGCAUGAACGACAACUUCUACCCCAGCGUCACCUGGGCCGUGCCGGUGAGCGAAUCCAACACGCCUUUGCUGAGCAACAUCAAGCGGGACCAGAGCUUCACCACCUGGCUGGUGGCGCUCAACGCCGCCUCCAGGGAGAAGAUCUUGCUGCACACAAUCAAGUGGCGGAUGAGGGUGGACAUCGCCGUGGAGCCCUCCCGGCCUCUGGGCUACAGGGCCUGGCUGGUGGGCCGCGUCCACCAGGAGCAGCCGCGAGUCUUGAGCCGCAUGGAGCCCAUCCCGACCAACGCCAUGGGGAGGCCCAACGCCAACGACGCGCAGGUUCUGAUGUGGCGGCCCAGGAGAGGUCCUCCGCUUGUAGUCAUCCCGCCCAAGUAG